GAUUGCUGCUGGCGAAAAGUCGGCGCAACAACGCGGCUGGGAGUUCGAGACCACCUGUUUGUCAGUGCUGAAGAAGAACUUCCGAGCCCGCAGCUGCUAUCGCAAGGUGGGUUUCAGCCUAAUGUCGGAGGACGAGGGCAGUUUCCCGACUGAGGGUGGUGAUCCUGAGUGCUGGCACACCAUGACCCGCAGCUCUGGCAGCCACAAAAGGGCAGCCAGCAGCGAAUUGGAAAUGCCAGCAAAGCGCAUCCGAUCAUGUUAA